AUGGAAAGGCCCGCAGAGGAGGGGGACAUGUCCCCAGACUCCCAGGGCCACGCCACUGACUGGAGGUUUGCUGUGUGCAGUUUCAAGGAUGCCUGGGAGGAGGAGGAACCUGCUCUCCAGAUGCAGGUUAAGGACCCAAGUUAUCCAAGACCACUAGAAGGGGCAGCCCAGGCCAAAAGGCUACAGGACAGCUCUUUGUCCAGAGAGGUUCAGUCACCUUCAGAACCAAAGGCUAUGGACAGGUCAGGGAACAGCCCAAAGACUACAUUAGGAGACUCCUUAGUCCAGACAGAACAGCCAGCCUUCUCUGGAGUGGAGAGCCUCCUUUGUCCCAUGUCCUCCCACCUCAGCCUGGCUCAGGGUGAGAGUGACAGCCCAGGGAGAGGUUUGGUAGGGGGUCCAGGUUCAGGUGGAGCAUUGCCAGCUGGCUUUGGCCUUGGGGAGCAGGACAGCAACCCUGUGGACCUUGGAGACCCUUUACCAGAGAUAUCAUCAAAGCUACUGGAGGCAGACCCCAGCAGAUCCAGUCUCCCUAAGCCUGCUGACUGCCUCCUGGCCCAAGACCUCACCUGGGAGCUGCUGGCUAGCGGCAUGGCUGCCUUGCCAGGGACUCGCGAUGUAGAAGGCCGAGCAGUACUGCUUCUGUGUGCCCACAGCCCUGGCUGGCUUUACCCCAAGUGCAGAACUCAUGAACUCAUCUGCCUCCUACUCUACCUGCGAGGCAUCCCCAGGCCUGAAGUACAAGCCCUGGGACUGACCGUCCUUGUUGAUGCCCGAAUUUGUUCCCCGAGCUCUUCCCUGUUCUGGGGGCUCAACCAACUCCAAGAGGCAGCUCCAGGGUCGGUACACCAGGUGCUGCUAGUGGGAAAGAUGCCUGAUGCGGUGCCUUCAGGGCUGCAGCUAGAGCAGCUGCCCUCUCAUGAGAGCCUGCUGACCCACAUCCCCACCACAGAGUUGCCCACUUCGCUAGGAGGAUGCCUGCCUUACUGCCAUCAGACUUGGCUGGAUUUCCGGAUGCGUCUGGAAGCCCUACUGCAGAGCUGCCAGGUGGUUUGUACCCUGCUCCAGGAGGCCAUUGAGAGUGUGAAGGCUGUACCCCAACCCACAGCAUCUGGGGAAGUCAGUCAGCUGCUACAUCAGGCACAGGUCCUGAUGCAGCAGGUGUUAGACUCACCACAGCUGGCAUGGUUACAAGGCCAAGGGGGCCUGGAGCUGGCAUGGCUGAAGCAGGAGAUCCCAGAGGUGACUCUGAGCCCAGACUACCGGAUGGCAGUGGACAAGGCUGAUGAGUUGUAUGGCCAGGUAGAUGGACUGCUGCACCAGCUGACCCUGCAGAGCAACCAGCGAGUGCAGGCCCUAGAACUGCUCCAAAUGCUGGAGGCCCAGGAGAGUGGGCUGCACCAGAUUGAAGUGUGGCUACAGGAGGUGGGCUGGCCAGCACUGGAGGAGCCAGGGGAGCCUUCCCUGGACAUGCUGCUCCAGGCCCAAGGUCCUUUUCAAGAGCUGGACCAGGUGGCUCAGGAGCAGGUCAGUCGAGGGGAGAGGUUUCUGCAGCCACUGGCUGGCUUGGAUGCUGCUGAACUAGGCCUCCCUGGGACACGCUUUCUGGCCCUGAGAACCCAGCUGACAGAAUUUUCUCGGGCCUUGGCUCAGCGGCGCCAGCGGCUGGCAGAUGCUGAGAAGCUGUUUCAGCUCUUCAAGCAGGCCACUACAUGGGCUGAGGAGGGACAGCGGGUAUUGGCAGAACUGGAACAGGAGCACCCAGGGGUUGUGCUACAGCAGCUGCAGCUGUACUGGACCAGGCACCCUGACUUGCCUCCUGCUCAUUUUCGAAAAAUGUGGGCUCUGGCCACAGGCCUGAGCUCAGAGGGUAUCCGCCAGGAAUGCCGCUGGGCCUGGGCCCGGUGCCAGGACACCUGGCUGGCCCUGGACCAGAAGCUAGAGGCUGCACUGAAGUCACCACCAACAGGCAGCACAACUAGCUUGUGUGUCAGCCAUGUCCCCACUAUACCUGCCACCCCUCCCCUGAGGAAGGCCUACAGCUUUGACCAGAACCUGGGACAGAGUUUCUGUGAGCCUGCCCACCACUGUCACUAUGCAGCCACUGUCACUGCCUGCCAUGGACUAGAGGCUGGAGGAAGUGCCCAGCCUAGGUCAUCUUCUACUAUGCUUCCACCAGGCAGCUCUGACCUCAGGAGCCCCAACAGGCUACAGCUGGUGCUGGCAGAGAUGGUAGCCACAGAGCGGGAGUAUGUCCGAGCCCUUGACUAUACCAUGGAGAACUACUUCCCUGAGCUAGAUCGUCCUGACGUGCCUCAGGGCCUCCGUGGCCAGCGUGCCCAACUGUUUGGCAACCUGGAGAAGCUACGAGACUUCCAUUAUCAUUUCUUCCUGCGUGAGCUGGAGGCUUGUACCCGGCACCCACCCCGAGUGGCCUAUGCCUUCUUGCGCCACAGGGUGCAGUUUGGAAUGUACGCCCUCUACAGCAAGAAUAAACCUCGCUCUGAUGCUCUGAUGACCAGCUAUGGUCACGCCUUCUUCAAGGACAAGCAGCAAGCACUUGGAGACCACCUAGACUUGGCCUCCUACCUGCUAAAACCUAUCCAACGCAUGAGCAAGUAUGCACUGCUGCUGCAGGAGCUGGCACGGGCCUGUGGGGGACCUGUGCAAGAGCUGAGUGCCCUGAGGGCAGCCCAGAGCCUUGUACACUUCCAGCUGCGACAUGGCAAUGACCUGCUGGCUAUGGAUGCCAUCCAGGGCUGUGAUGUUAACCUCAAGGAGCAAGGGCAGCUGGUGCGGCAGGAUGAGUUCAUGGUGCGUGCUGGGCGCCACAAGUCCCUGCGUCGUGUUUUCCUCUUUGAGGAGCUGCUGCUCUUCAGCAAGCCUCGCCGUGGGCCCACAGGUGCUGACAUGUUCACUUACAAGCGCUCCUUCAAGAUGGCAGACCUUGGCCUUACUGAGUGCUGUGGGGAUAGUAAACUGCGCUUUGAGAUCUGGUUCCGCCGCCGGAAGGCCAGGGAUACCUUUGUGCUGCAGGCCUCCAGCUUGGCCACCAAACAAGCCUGGACAACUGACAUCUCCCGCCUGCUCUGGAGGCAGGCUGUCCACAACAAGGAGAUGCGCAUGGCUGAGAUGGUGUCCAUGGGUGUGGGGAACAAGGCCCUCCAGGACAUUGACCCCAGCGAGGAAGCUAUCAACGACCGCAACAUCAACUAUGUCCUAAAGGGCCGAGGAGUUCGCUCUCGGGCCUCCAUUGCUGUGGCCCCAUUGGACUAUGACAGCCCCCACCUGAGGGUCUCAAACUCCCUUCCUGGAGACCGUGCCUCUUGCUCUGUUCUGGGAUCUCUCAACCUGCACCUAUAUAGAGACCCAGUUCUUCUGGGCACCCACUGGCCCUUGUAUCCCCCCAGCUUCCCAGAGGAAGCAGUAUUGGAGGCUGAGGUGGAGCUGGGCAGCCAGCCCUCUUUGACUCCUGAAGACUCAGAGGUGUCAUCCCAGUGCCCAUCAGCCAGUGGCUCCAGUGGUUCUGACAGCAGCUGUGUGUCAGGGCAUGCCCUGGGUAGGGGCCUUGAGGACUUGUCCUAUGGAAGAUGGAGGUGGGUAGGCAAGAACCAUUCCCCAAAGACCUACCCACCCCAAACCAAGGAAGCAGGCAUUCAUACCCAGCCUGGCACCACAGGUCUGAGCCCAGGCUCAAAGGUGAGCAGUGGAUCCAGCAGCCAGUACCUCCAAGAGUCAUCAUCUCUCUGGAUCUGCUAUGACCGAGGCAUGGCUGGCACCCAGGCCACUUUCCUCCUACGUGUACAGCCCUGUUGA